AUGGAGGUCCCGAGAAAUGGACUGUACAUCGUCACCGGGGAGAUAUCGCUGGUUCUUGCGGCCAUGCGCCGCUCCGCACGCUACGCGGCAUUGGUUCGAGCUCACGAAGAAGUCCAGGACCCUCUAAUGUUGACGUUCACACAGUUGAAGGAGACACUAGCUUUAGUAGCGGAUUUGAGGGAGUUGGAUGUCAACGUGUUUGUAGGGCCUUUCUUAGAUGUUAUUCGUUCUGAGGAUACAACGGGGCCGAUCACUGGCGUUGCUCUGUCUGCAGUCAACAAGUUCUUGUCGUAUGGCUUGAUAGAUGGCAGACAGCAGAGUGCAGCAUCGGGUGUUGAGAAUAUUGCCGAUGCAGUCACACACGCAAGAUUUGUGGGAACGGACCCUGCGAAUGACGAAGUUGUACUGAUGAAGAUUUUACAAGUACUGAGAACUCUACUGUUGACACCCAUUGGAAAUCAUAUGACAAACGAAAGCGUUUGUGAGAUCAUGCAGUCAUGCUUUAGGAUCUGCUUUGAAGCCAGGCUAAGUGAGUUGCUGAGAAGAACGGCAGAACACACACUGCUGGACAUGGUACAACUGCUGUUUCAACGAUUGAAGACAUUUGAAGAAGACACAAAGGUCACCGUAUCUGCCGACACGCAAAUAAGGAAGGUGCUGAAGAAAGCAACAGGCAGUGGCAUAUCUCAAUCUAUUGUCAGUCAAGCUGUCAGACUUUCUCGGCGGAAAUCAAGCCAACGUAGCAACACACCACCUGCCGAUACAGAAGAGGAAGCGAAAUAUCAGUCCGACAAGUGUGAUACUGGAUUAGAUGCUGACAAGAGUGAGGAUGACAGAGGAAAGGAAGCUGAAGGAGAGAGUGAAGGAGGUGAGAAACUGUUGGAGAAAGCGCCAGCUCCGUAUGUUAAUCAUCGAGGAAUCAAGUUUACACAAAGAAGAGCUGGUCCACUUGUUCCAUAUGGUCUAAGUUGUGUUAGAGAAUUGUUCAACUUUUUGAUAACACUGAUUAAUCCUCACGACAGGAACAACAGCGCUGCCAUGAUUCAAAUGGGUCUCUCCCUUAUUAUUGCUGCCCUAGAGAAUGGAUGUGAAGCUAUUGGACGUCUUAAGUCAAUACUGCAGUACAUACAGGACGACCUUUGUAAGCAUCUUUUUCAGUUGUUGAAGAGUGACAAUGUGUAUCUGUUUUCGCUUUCUGUUCGUGUGUGUUUCUUGUUGUUUGAGGGAUUGAGAGAGAAGCUGAAGUUUCAACUUGAGAUGUUUGUAACAGCAUUAAUGGAUGCUAUUGGCCAAGGCUCACAGACAAGAUCUGCAGUUGAAAAGAGAGACUCGACACUCGAGUGUGUGGUGCAGUUGUGUCAGAUAAGGCACUUUGUUACUGAACUCUAUCUCAAUUACGAUGCCGAUCUCUACAGUGGAAAUGUGUUCGAAGAUCUUACGAAACUGUUGGCAAAGAAUGCGUAUCCUGGAGCUGGUCCAUACUCAAGCCACCUGCUUUGUCUUGAUGCUCUAUUAGCAACAGUCAACUGCAUAGAAAGCAAUUGUCAUGAUAAUCUUCAACAGUCAACCACAUCAACGGACAAGCAGUCUGCUGCUUCUCUAUUACAGCAGCAUGAUGGUGUUGGUUCAGUGUGUGUAGUAAAUGAUGAGUUGUGUGUGAGUGAAGCGGCUAGAGGUUCGGAUGCGUUGUUUAAUGCGUUGCCUGUUCCGUUGAAAGUUGGCAAUGUGCGGGAGAUGGUGACGAGUGUUAGUAGUGAGGAGGCCGUCUGUCUUCCUACGGCUGAACAGCUCAUACAGAUUAAACAGAAGAAAAAGUUGUUUAUAGCCGGCAGUGAACAGUUCAACAGUUCACCAAAGAAGGGCAUUCAGUUUCUGCAGGAACGAGGGAUUCUCAAGUCGCCUCUUGACCCUGAUGAGCUGGCUAUAUUUCUACGUGAAAACCCAAGACUGCAAAAGAAGAUGAUAGGAGAAUGUGUGGGAGAUAGGAAGAAUGAUGCCAUCUUGCAAGCAUUUGUGAGAUCAUUUCAUGUUGAAGAUGUCAAAAUUCAAUCAGCAAUGCGUGUCUUUCUUGAGUCGUUCCGUCUUCCCGGUGAAGCACCCAUAAUCUCAAGGAUCAUGGAACACUUCUCAGAGCAUUGGCUGAACGUCAACAGCAACAACAGCAACGUGUUUGGCACAGAGUUUGCCAACAAGGAUUGUGUCUACAUUCUGUGCUACGGAAUCAUUCUACUCAACGUUGAUCAACACAAUCCACAGAACAAAAAUCCAAUGACUGAAGCACAAUUUCAAAAGAACCAGCGUGGCUUGAAUGAUGGAAAAGACUUCAGUGAGGAAUUAUUGAGAGAAAUCUACAAAGAGAUAAGAGAUGACGAGAUCAUUAUGCCCGAGGAACACGAGGGGCAACUGAAAGACGACUACCAGUGGACUAUGAUGCUUCGUCGUAGCUCAAGUCCAGAUGGCCAUUUCCUCCACGUGAACGACAGCACAUAUGAUCAGGAUAUAUUCUUCCUUGCAUGGGGUCCAACAAUAGCUGCUCUUUCUGUGGUAUUCGACGGAUCUCUGGAAGAUACAGUCAUUCAGAAAGCAAUCAUUGGUUUCAAGACGUGUGCGUCUAUUUCGGCCCAUUAUAGCUUUAGUGACGUGUUUGACAACCUUGUUAUUUCGUUGUGCAACUUUACUGGUUUAGCUGCUGCUGUUGAGGCGCGUGAGAACGUUGGUGUGUCGUUUGGUAGUAACUCUAAGGCUCAACUAGCUGCUACCACACUGUUCACACUUGCUCAUCGCCAUGGUGAUAUUCUCAGAGAAGGAUGGAAGAACUUGCUCGAUUGUCUGUUGCAUGUUUUCAAAGCAAAGUUGCUGCCAGAUGAGUUACUCAAGGCCGAAGACUUUCUGGAUCCAUCUGGUUAUGUGUCUCUCAUCUCUGAAGAAGUUCCAUCAACAAGGUCGGACUCAUCACUCUUCUCAAGUCUCUUUAGUUGGACAUCUGAAUCAAGUUCUGCUCGAUCUCUAUCUCCUGAUGAUCGUCAGGCUCAGACAACAGCUGCUGAGUGUAUACAAGAUUGCCAUCCCGAGGCUUUGUUUGCAGAAAGCAAAUUUUUGAUGGAAGAUUCGCUGAUGGAGUUAGUUAAGGCUUUGGCUUUUGCUUCACAUGGCCCUGAUACUCAUCAGAGUCUUGGCACUCAGUUUGAUGAGGAAGGUGCAGUGUUUAACCUUGAGUUAUUACUAAAAGUUGUCGUACAAAAUCGUGAUCGUAUUCUUCCUUUGUGGGAUGGAGUCAAAGAUCAUUUGCGUCGGCUGUUGACUCAAGCAGAAAGUGCUAGUUUUCUUGUUCAGAGAGCUGCUGUUGGCCUUUUGCGGUUAGCAACACGGCUAAUAUGGAGGGAAGACAUGACAUCAAAGAUUAUUGAUACUCUUUCGGUGUUUCUUGCUGUCAAGUCAGACGUGCUACACAGCCUGUCACGUCACAUCACAGCUGGUCUCAGUGAACUUCUUCGCUCUAACGCAUCAACAAUCACAUCACCACACGACUGGCACGUUUUCUUUUCACUCAUCGAGGCAUGCAGCACUGGAGUGAUUUAUCCCCACACAAUCAACAACAAUCACCAAGUUGAUUCCAACGAGAUUGACGGCCCCACCUACGCAAGAGAGGAAACAUGCGACGAGUGUGAUUCCAGCAGACAAGUUGCAUCACACCCAAACGACACCAACCAACUGUCGUUAUGGCAACACGAUUCGUUGACUCACCAAGACAUCGUGUCACUCGGAAAAUCAAGCGAAACGCUUGCAUUUCUUAUCAGAGAAGCCAAGUGCUUAACAGAACAUAAUUUUGUCGACUGCAUUCACGCAAUACGGACACUAGCAGAAACAUUGAGUUUUGUCAGCAUAAAACAAAUGAACGAAACUCACCAUAAGUCGGACGGAAAAGCACGAAACCAAGUAAGAGGGGCAGACAAAUUGAAGGCCAAAGAACGGGCACAUAAAAGCCACUCGACAGGAAGUAUACCUGUUGUUGCUUCAACUGCAUAUAGUUAUGACACGUUGUCACUCCAGUUGCUUGAUCUCAUGCAGACGCUGCAUGCGAAAGCUGCUGGUGUGUUUGGUCACGUGACUAAGGAGGUGCCUGAUGACGGUGUCGGGUUUUUGUGGGGAAAGUGUUGGUGUCCGUUGUUGCAGGGGAUGGCGUGUCAUUGCUACGAUGCGAGGAGGGUUGUUAGGCAAGCGGCGGUUACUAUCUUGCAACGUUCGUUGUUGAUUCACGAUCUACAGAGCCUCAGUGGUAGAGAGUGGGAGUUGUGUUUUAGGCAGGUAUUCUUCCCUAUGCUAAACCGGCUCUUGCUCCCCAUCAACGCAACCGACCCAGUUGGUGUCGAAGAGACACGAAUGAGGGCCUCUGCUUUACUCUCAAAGGUAUUCUUACAGCAUCUCACUCCGCUUUUGUCGUUGCCUGGAUUUCGUGAAAUUUGGAUGACAGUUCUGUCUUACAUGGAAAAUUUCAUGCAUACACAAGGCAGUGAUUUGUUGGUUGAGUCUAUCCCCGAGUCACUAAAGAAUAUGCUCCUUGUCAUGUCAACAGCCGGUGUGUUUGACGCACCACCAGACGACUCCACUGCAUCGUCUCAUUCUCAACUGUGGACCGACACUUGGAACCGCAUUCAUCAAUUCUUACCAGGAAUGCACGACGAGCUAUUCGCACCUACACCCACACCAAGACCCACCUCACCUGCAGCCCCACCUUCAGCAAAGAGAACAACCGUGCCUUCAUCUCAACAUGUGGCUGCAAAAGAGGAGACACUCGAUGUCAAUGUGUCUCAAGAGAAGCAGACUAUAUCACUGAGCGAGGUGACUGAUCAAGCUCGAGUUGUGGUCCUACAGCCGCCGCUUCCAUCGUCAGCAUUUGAUCCCGUUUUACCUCAACCACAGCAGACAACAAGAACAGACUCCAACACGCCACCUCCAGCUCUUACCUUCGUCGUCAGACCAACGUCUCCCGGGCCUGGUCUUGCUGUUGUGACUGCCACCUCGUCGCCAGAGUCUGACCGUUCGCGAUCACCAACUCCCGCUAGUGCAGAAGGUGGAGACGUUGUAGACGCUAACGAUGAGGCGACAGAGAAAGCGGAACUUCAAAAGGUACCUGCUUCCAUUUUUGAUAUAUGAUGGAAAUAGAUAGAAUUUAGUGACAUAACAAGAUUCUAUGACUCGUAUUGUACAUACUUGCAGGGGACUGCGCCUACACAUACUAUUGAAUUUGACCACGCCCACACAUAC